AUGCCAUCCUAUUCUGCUGUGCCGGUAGCAAACAGUUUGUUGACUUUCUUAUCCGCCGCCUCUGUCGCCGCAGCCACAAUAACAAGUAUAAUUACUACGACUAGGAGUUCAUCACUAUCUUCAUCAUCAACAACUUCAGCCUUCUCUAACCUGGACCGGGACCAAGACCUGGACCUUGGCCGGGGGUAUAAGCUACUGCAAGCACGUAAUCAGACACCCCGGUUACUCAGCAAAAAUGUUCCAGUGUGUGCUCUGCCCUGCCUGGAGACCUUCAUAUCAUCAGAAAAAACUUGGGAAGGAUGCCCGAAACCUCUCGAUGCCAUCUGUCUUUGCAAAGCUAGAUCAACAACCGGAUUCACCGUUGCGGAAGCUGCCUUGCGUUGUGUUGCUGAGAACUGUCCCAAUUCUGAAGCAGAGCAGCACGCAGUCUACGCUCUAUGCUCUGGAGUUGAAGGUGCCUUACCAAAUACCCAUCCUGUCAUAGGGAUAUCCUCAACUCCUGCUCCUAAGCCAACUUCAAUGAAUCCUCAACCUCCAGCCAUGACCUCCCCGACAGCCAGGGAGUCUGCCCCAGCUCCUCCAGCUCCGACUCCCCCAGCUCCAGUUCCAGCUCCAGGUACGCCAGUAUCAGAUACAUUGCCCAGCAUGUCCAUGAUGGAACAAACAACCCAAAUUACAGCGUCGCCCAUGUCCUCAGUGACUCGAAGUGGUAUACCAGGUGUAGGUAUACCCACAGAUACAAUCGACUUCACCUACGUCUACUCCUCGACAGAAACUGGGGCAGCAUCAGCUACUAGCGAGCCAAGCGGCGGAGGUCGCUCGAACCAGCUGGUUGGUCUUUACGUCGGUGGUGGCAUCGCUUUUGCAUCCCUCAUUACCCUUGUGCUGUUCUUUUUCUUCCUGAACAGGCGUAGACGGAGGGCCAAGCAAGGACAGGAGAGCGAAAAGGGGGGACAGCAAGGACGAUAUCAAAACAUCGAGCAUGCUAUGGCUAAUUCAAGAACAACAACACGUGCGUUGAGUACAUCGAAGGCUUCUUCUAACAACAGAAGUAUAUCAUCUCGGAGCAGGACAUUGCUACCUAUUGAUAUGAUGCCGUGCUCAGUUGCAUACCUUCAGCGGUCCACUAGGGAUUUGGAGAACGAGUACGCAGAGUCCAGAGGACAUAGCAUGACCUCCCAACGAACACAAUCAGACCUCCUACCGGACAACCCUUACAAUGGCAGCUCAGUUGGGUCUCGCGGUACAGAUAGAGAACGAGUUAACAGUCCGUUUGGAGACGCCUGUAGCAGCCGUGGGCCUUCGCCAAAGAGCGUAUCUCAGUCGGUAGUUGAUCCGCUCCGCAGUGCAUCCUCGCUCAACUACAGCCCAGCACUGGUCCAGGCCAACCAGAGGUCCACACAAAGCCCGCACAGCUUCAACAGUGGGCUUGGAUACUCUACCAAUAGCCCGAGCCGCAACCAGGGCCUCUCCGCUGGUUCUGGGCUACUAUCUAUACCGUCGAAGGCUUAUGCUGCUUCGGGGCGCAGUUCGACUAGCUCAAGGGACCAAUUCCAACCUCCUAUGCCCGGCCACUUGGCUCCGCCAUACAAUCCCGAGCCAUUUUCAUCAAGAAGUAUACACUCAUACAAUAGCCAUAUACCCCGCCAACUCAGUCCCGUGCGAGAAGUACCCAGCACUGGGCCCCCCAGCUCAGCAGGCACGCCAGAUCUCACUCACUCAGGCUACUACCGUCCAGGACAACUAUCGUCCUAUGCGGAAAGCGAUGGUGCCAGCGAAAUGUCCAUCCGAACAUACUCCAAACUCGUCCCUCCACCCCUAUCAACUCACGAGACAAUACAUGAAAACUACCUCGCCGAAGCCCUACCUGACCACUCCCCGACUCUACCCAAAGCCAUGCUCGCCGGCUCUAUAUCGUCAUGCUGUUCCAGCCCACGAAGCAGCGGAGAACUUAGCCCGCGGGGCCUCCGCCAUCAAACUUCAACAGCAUCGAGCAAAAAGCCAAGCAGCCUUCUCGUCAAACGCCGCGGCGAGAGAGUGGCAGGCAAAAUGGGCAAUGAAAUCACUCUUCCUGCAAAAGUACAGCGACCAAUCGAGAUUGAGCAUGAUCAGAUCCAUGAUUCCAACAACAAUGAUGAUUCCGAUAAUGAUUCAAUAAACUCAUCCUCGCCGCUUUCUCGCUCGAAUAGCAGUGCAGUCCCUCGUUCGCGGGGCCUUCCCCGUCGCAUGCGCAGUGAUCCUUCGUCUACUUCGAAGGGGUAUAAUAAAGUGACGCCGUCAAAGCGUGGCGGCGAUAUGUACCUCAGCAUCGAAUAA